AUGCGCUACUCAAUCCUUGCACUCGCGCCAUUCGUGGCUGCUGCGUACGGCCAAGAAGCAUCCACGACUGAAGCUCCAACUGUUCUUCCAGUCAUCAGCGGCUCCGUGACCGUCUCCAGCACUUACACCUACUCCAACACUCUGACCAACUUCCUUAGUCUGACGAACUCGGACGGAGUGGUCACCGGCAUGCCAACACUGUCGAACGCGGGACCUCAAGUCGCAGUCACUUCACAGCCAGCCGCCGAGACCAACGUUGGCACUGUCGCAACGAUCCCAGCAGGCCUUCCAACGGGCAUCACCGCAAUCGCACACGGCGGAAGCAACACCUCAACGAGCUUCUUCACCGUGUCUGUCGGCCCAUCGACCACUGUUGUUCUCAGCUCGACCAGCAGCACUUCCUCUGCCGGAUCUGGUUCUGGCAGCGGUUCUGAGACGGGCGCAAGCGGUUCGGGUGGCCAGAACCCUUCUGCCACUGGCAGCGCCGGUGCCUCGGAGUCCUCCUCUGCAGCUGACGCCGUCAAGGUCGCAUCCGGUGCCGUCCUGGGUCUCGGCGCGCUCUUCGUUGCUCUUUUGUAG